AGCGGACAUCACUAGUUACUACAACACACCUUGACCCAUCAUGGCGGCGUCCUCUCGACUCAUAUCCAGACUGACUUUAGUCACGGGAGGCGGCAGUGGCAUCGGCAGGGCUGUGUGUCAGAGAUUCGCCUCUGAAGGAGCUUCUGUAAUAGUGGCUGACCGCAAUGAAGAAUCAGCCAAUCAGACACUGGAGCUGCUGUCACGUGACCACAGAGGUCAGGGGCACAUGGCUCUGGGGGUGGACGUGUCAUCAAAGGACAGUGUGGAGACACUAGUGACAAGUAUACAGCGCCGCUUCUUCCAGCCGCCGUCUGUGUGUGUGAAUGCAGCCGGGAUCACUCAAGAUGAAUUCCUGCUCAAGAUGGAAGAAGAUGACUUUGACAAAGUCAUUGGAGUCAAUCUGAAGGGUACGUUUCUGGUGACUCAGGCCGUCUCGAAGGCUUUAGUCUCUGCAGGCGCUGUGAAGGGCUCCAUCAUCACUGUGGGCAGCAUAGUGGGCAAGGUUGGGAACAUGGGGCAGGUGAAUUACUCGGCUUCUAAAGCAGGAGUGGAGGGCCUGACUCGAACCGCUGCCAAAGAGCUGAGCAAGUUUGGUAUUCGCUGCAACUGUGUCCUGCCAGGGUUCAUCACUACACCCAUGACAGAUAAAGUACCAGAGAAAGUCAUCGAUAAACUCACAUCCAUUAUUCCUAUGGGAAGGAUGGGAGAACCUGCUGAAGUAGCUGAUGCAUGUGCCUUUCUGGCUUCUGAUGACAGUCGAUAUAUUACUGGAAUCAGCAUUGAAGUAGCUGGUGGACUCUUCAUCGGCUGAAAACUGUUAAAUAACACUUAACUUGAUCACCAGCUCCGUGCCUUCAUCGUUGUAACAUUUUCCUUGUAUAAAUUACACGUAAUUGUUGUAAAUUAUUGUAUACAGU